AUGAAGCACUGGCCCUUCAAGGUCGUCUCUGCUGAAGGCGGAAAGCCCAAGAUCGAGGUCGACUACAAGGGCGAGACCAAGACCUUCACGCCCGAAGAGAUCUCCUCCAUGGUUCUCAUCAAGUUGAAGGAGACUGCCGAGGCCUUCCUUGGAUCAACCGUCAAAGAUGCGGUCGUCACUGUCCCAGCCUACUUCAACGACUCUCAGCGUCAAGCCACCAAGGAUGCUGGAGCCAUCGCAGGCCUCAAUGUGUUCAGGCUAAUCAGCGGGUCGACCGCCGCUGCCGUCGCCUACGGACUUGACAAGAAGGCCAGCGGCGAGCGCAACCUCCUGAUCUUCGAUGUUGGCGGCGGAACCGUCGAUGUGUCCAUCCUCACCAUUGGGGACGGAAUCUUCGAAGUCAAGUCGACUGCUGGAGACACUCAUCUUGGAGGAGAAGACUUCGACAACCGCAUGGUCAACCACUUCAUCGCCGAGUUCAAGCGCAAGCACAAGAAGGACCUUGCCUCGAAUGCCAGCGCUCUCCGCCGUCUGCGCACUGCUUGCGAGCGCGCUAAGAGGACCCUCUCUUCGUCGUCGCAGGCCUCGAUCGAGAUCGAUUCUCUCUACGAGGGUAUCGACUUCUACACCAACAUCACUCGUGCCCGUUUCGAGGAGCUGUGCGCCGAUCUCUUCCGCUCUACCAUGGACCCCGUCGAGAAGUCUCUCCGUGACGCCAAAAUGGACAAGUCGUCCGUCCACGACAUCGUCCUCGUCGGAGGAUCAACCCGCAAGGAGCUGAACACGUCGAUCGACGCCGACGAGCCUGCUACACACGGUGCUACCAUCCUGGCCGCCAUCCUCUCCGGAGACAAGUCCGAGGCCAUCCAGGACAUGCUUCUUCACGACGUUAUCCCGCUGUCGCUCGGUAUCGAGACCGCUGGCGGUGUGAUGACUGCUCUGAUCAAGCGUAACACCAUCAUUCCCACCAAGACCUCGCAGACGUUCACCACCUACGCUGAUAAUCAGCCUGGUGUGCUCAUCCAGGUCUUCGAAGGCGAGCGCGCCAUGACCAAGGACAACAACCU